AUGGAAGCUCUUAUUUUUUGUUUUUUUUUAAGUACAAUUGUUUCCGGGAUAAUGGUUGUUUCUGCCUUAAACCCUGUGCUUUCUAUUUUUUGGCUGGUUCUUGUUUUUGUUAAUUCUGCGGUUUUUUUUCUUUGAUUAGAGGUCGACUUUCUUGCCUUAAUGUUUUUACUUGUUUAUGUGGGGGCUAUUGCUGUUUUGUUUUUGUUUGUAGUGAUGUUAUUAAAUUUAACAGACUACCCUCCUGUUUUUAGAGAAGAAGUUGAUAUGACAAACUAUAUGCCAGUCGGGUUUCUAAUUGGAGGUUUUUUUUUUUCAGAAAUUGCCUCCAGUUGAUCUAUUAUCUUUCCUCGAGUUGAAAGUUGAGAUUUGUCUUUUCCUUGGUUUCUUGUUUCUUAUCAUAAUAUUGAGGCAUUAGGGCAGGUUUUGUAUAUAUCUUGUUUUUGUUUGUUUUUUUUAGCAGGCUUUGCUUUAUUAGUUGCUAUGGUUGGUGUUAUUGUUUUAACUCAAGAAUUAGAACCUUUAACUAAAAAACAAGAUCUUUUUAUUCAAAUAAAUAGAUAA